AAUUAAGUCAUUUAAACCGGUGUCGAAAGUUAAAGUUCAAUUUGCCUCUUGUAAAGGGUUUGAGGCUUAACUGAAACAUUCCGUGCUCUAAUCAAAGGUCGUCAAACAUUGAGAUUCGUAUGUGUUCGCUGUUACGCCUACAUUACGCUGCUGCCACAUCAGCUUGGAACGUAGAAAACCCGCAACAACAAUUUUGAUAGUUACGUCCAAGGUUAUGUCACUUUGCAUAUUUGGGGUUUGGAAUUUAAUUUUUGCUAGUGAAAUUCAAACAACAUGGAAUUAGUUAAUUUAAAAUUUAAUUGUCGAAUUUGCUUGAAAUCUCGAAAACCGUUUAAAGACGUAUACUGCCAUGUUGUUGAGGAAUUUCCAGAUCCUUUAGUACAAAUGGUAUUUGGAUUGUUUAAUGUUCAGCUCCCAACACAUGAAGCGUAUCCUCAAUUCAUGUGCAAGCGGUGUUUAAAUAGAUUGACACAUGUUUUACUAUUUAAACAAGAAGUGGUUCGCAACCAAGAAACACUAUUUGAUUUGUUUAAAACCUCACAUUCCAGCUAUGUUGAACAGAAAUUUGAUAUUCGAGAAUGUAUACCAUCCGAAUAUCCUAGUGCGAGUUCCAGUCAGAAUAAUCGGGAUGAUUUUAAAUUAAAAUUAGAAGAUUUAAGUGAUCGAAUUGUGAUUAAAAACGAAGCUUUGACUCCUCCGAAUUUGCCGACUGCCGAGAAAGUUGAAAAUAGUCAAAUACAUUUGAACAACUUUCUUCUAAGUGAACUAAUAGGACAACGGCAAUUACUAACUGAAUAUAGGUCGACGCAAAUAGAAAAUGAAAAUUUAUUGAGAAGUUCUUACAACGCUGAAAGCAAAAAUGCACGAGCGAGUAAAAUUAAAUGUAAGGAAAUUAUCCGUAAAAUAGUGUCCAAGAUUAGGCGAACGAAUAAUUGCCACAUCAAGAACUAUGUGAAGAACGAAACUGAUUUUGGUGACCCGUCUAAUAACAACGAUUACCUUCAAGCGGCAUUUUUACAAAAUUUUAACUUAAUUACUAUACAGAAAGCUCAAAUGUUACAAAAAUCGAAAGAGCAAUCAAAUAAAACUCGCCUUAAAGGCGCGCCGGUGCAGAAUGGUAAGAACAUAAAAAGCAACUGCAGAAGAAAAAAUCGCGUUGAAAAGUCGUACAUUAAUCUUCGUUCCAAACAAAUAAAAACAAGAAAUAGCUUUAAAAGGUUACCAAUUAACACAUCAGAUCAUCUUACGUCUAAGUCUAGGCAUCUUAAAAAAAUCAGUAAUGAUCCGCAAUCGGAGAAAAGGUUUAACCAACCUAAUGUAUCAAAGAAGAUAAUUGAAAACAGAAGUAUUUUAGCGGUAUUGGAUCCAAAUGAUUUAUUACGUAAAAACAUUUGCAAAACCGAUGCUAUAUCAAAGGAAAUUAUUGGCUGUGAAAUGGAGAGUGACUUAAAAUAUUUGGAUAUGUCUAAGCAACGUAGUGUAAAUACAGAAAUUAGACUAAAACAUAAACGUGAUAGUUGCAGUAAAAAAAAAAGAGAAUUGGUUACUGAAAAAAAUAAAAAAUUGGCUAAACUUUCUAUUGCACAGCGUCUUGGAAGCGCCAACGAAAUCGCUAAACCUGCAGAUUUUCACUCCGAUUUACCAUCGAAAGAGAGUCGUAUUGUAACUCGCGAAGUCUCUACAGUAUUAAGAAAAUUAAGAAGUUCCGGUAGUGUAGAAGAUAUAUCAGAAUUUUCUACUAAAGAGAAACCUAAUGCUAAAAACCUACGGAAUUCCAGUACCAAUAAGAGGAAAUAUAAUGCUUUUGCCACUUCUUUGUCUUCAUGCGGAGCAUGUAGUUUAACGCCUGUUUCUAAGAAUAGCAAUAGGAAAAGCAAAUCAGAUAAGGGAUUGGCAAAAGGUAUAAAUAAAGAGCUUCUAAACAAAAAAUAUAAGCUGGAAAGUAGAAACUUUCUAGUCUCUAAUAGAAGUACAGGAGCUUUGCUGGAAAAUUCAUCAAUCGAAAACAACCAAAUUAAUACGAUUCCUCAAAAGAAAACUGAUGCCAUUUCUGAAAUACAUAUUUCUAAAACUCGAUCUAGAAAAUCCACUUUACUAUUUAUGGGUUUAAUAAAUAAAACUUUCCGUUCUGACGAUUUAGAUUUAAAUCGAGCACCUAGAAAGAUCUGUGGUACGAAAGGAGUAAAGCCAAUUCCGAACGUUGCAGGUGGUUUAAGGCGCAGUUCCCCAAAGAAUAGCAUAUCUGGUAAAAUUUGUCGGAAUUCAAAAAACCAAAUAUUAACACAAUGUUAUACAGAAGGUGCAAAGUGUGAACGUAAGCUUGAAACAUCAAUUUUACAAAAUGUUGAGGACGGUCAUAAUCUUGGAAUUGAAACCAAGUGUGUGAAUAAAAUGGAGAAAGGACUCCCUAUAGAAUACGUAAGCGCUAAAUGUUCUAAUGAACUGAAUCAUUAUCCUUCAAACUGCAUGACUCGGAUUGUAAAUAUAGGUGAUAACAAUGAACUGCAGUUAAGUCUCAUUUCUGCAGAUUCAUCGUCAAGUUAUCCGACUGGACUAUUAUCCCAAACUGUAAGUUAUCUGGGUGCUACAGGCCAAAUAAAACAUGGGAACUGUUAUUUAACAAUUGAUUCUAAAAAUAAUAUAAUUAAACUUGAGCCGGAUGAAAGUUCUGAUUUAGCCAGCUAGCGCCACGCGCUACUUAAACGCUCAUUGUUUAGUUGACUGCAAAAGCCAACCAUCAAAUCGAGAAGACUCGUAGAUCCAAGAAAAUCUGCUGGAAUCAUAGUAGAAUUGAACAUUUAAAUAGGAAAUAUAUUUUUAUAGUGCUCCAUGAAAUAAAAAGCAAAUUUAACUAUUUCAAAUAUUGAAGAUGGUAACAGCCCUGUAAUUAUUGCGUCAACAAUAACAUAAAAAGCAUAAUGUAUGAAACGAGUGUAGCUAAUAAUUGAAAUUGAAUUAUAAAUAAUCCCCUUUUGACGAUAUGUUUUAGCAAUUUCUAGGGCUUCUGGUGUAUCUGCUUCAACUGCAACUAAGUUGAAGUAUUCAUAAAUAAUUCUAUGUAGGUAUUUAGACAAGUAUGCAAAACACAUAAUUUAUCUAAUUCAUAUUAUACGUUUUGAUAUUAAAAACUUGUUUCACAUUAACUGUUUCAAGUGAAAAUAUAAUAUAAAGCUCUAAGAUCGAGGAAACUUUUACCCUUGUAGCUAUGUAGUAAUUUAUCUGUAGCAUUUACAUAACGAAAUAAGGUAUCUAUAAGGAAACAAAGUACAACUUAUUUAUUCUCACUUAAUUUAUUGUAUCUAGUUAAAUAGAGAUUGUUAGAAAAGUAUGUAAUAUAUUGACAUUGUGAAAUAAUAGGCAUGAAUAAGUAAGGAGUUAUCAAUUAGGAAAGUCGACAACCAGGGACCAAAUAGCUUUGUAAUGUAUUUUUGCAAAAUAUUGUGUGGAUAAGUUAUAUAAAAUUAUUUAACAAUUUGGAAUACAGUCAGUUAUAAAAGAAAACCAAACAACCGAAGCAACAUUGUUUAGCCAUUGUUUGAAAUGAUUAAAGUAAUAUAAGUAAACAUCGCAUCAGUGGCUGUUAUUGAUCAUUUUUUAGUAAUACUCAAGUUGAAGAUGAUUACGAAAUAAAUGUUUAUUUUUUAA